UUUUUCGUGUGUUCUUAUCUUUAACAUUUUUGCAUGUAACUGAUUUUUUUUUUCUGAACGUGAAUGAGAUUUUGUAUCGUCCUUAAAAAUUUGCUAGAGGAAACAUAAAAACAGCAAGGAACGUUUUUUUCACCGGAAUAUUUAUUUCAUAAACAUCAGAAGUCUGUGCUCGUAUAACAGAACUAUUUAUCACCAGUUUCGGCUUUGUUUCUAAGAUGUUGCCCAUUUGCAAAAAAGCAUUUGGUUUUCAGAGACAUCUUUAUAGAGCGAUGUCCUCAUACAGCAGUUUUGUUCACAACAAGGCCUAUAUCAAUGGAGAGUGGAUAUCUUCUCAAGAUGGGAAAAUGUUUAAAGUGACCAAUCCUGCAAAUGGAGAUGUUAUUGGAGAAGUUCCUGAUAUUGGACCUGAAGACACCCAGAAAGCUAUUGAUGCUGCUCAUAAAGCAUUCUAUACAUGGAAGAAAACAACAGCACGUGAGAGGAGUAAAAUUUUGAAAAAAUGGUUCCAAUUGAUGGAAGAUAAUAAAUCUGCGCUCGCUGAACUACUGACAUUAGAACAGGGAAAGACUUUGUUAGAUGCUGCUGCUGAAGUGACUUAUGGAGCAAGUUUCUUUGAGUGGUUUGCUGAAGAAGCAAAGCGUGUGUACGGAGAUAUAGCACCACCCACAGCCACUGAUCGACGAAUCCUUUUACUGAAAGAGCCAAUUGGUGUAGCAGGACUCAUUACACCUUGGAAUUUUCCCAUUGCAAUGAUCACCCGGAAGCUCGGUGCACUGCUGGCUGUUGGUUGCACUACAGUUAUAAAACCUGCUGAAGAUACACCCUUGUCUGCUCUUGCUCUUUGUCAGCUUGCAGAAGAAGCAGGUGUUCCGGCUGGAGUUGUUAAUGUUGUGACAUCUUCCAGAGAGAAAACUCCCACUGUAGGAAAGCUUCUCUGUGAAAGCCCUAAAAUAGCAACCAUUUCCUUCACAGGAUCAACAGGUGUCGGAAAGAAAUUGUUGUUAAAUUCAGCAUCAACAGUGAAAAGAUUAUCUCUUGAACUUGGUGGAAAUGCCGCAUUUAUUGUAUUUAAUAGCGCUGAUAUUGAUAAAGCUGUCAGUGGAGCUAUGGCAUGUAAAUUCCGUUGUUCUGGUCAGACAUGUGUGUGUGCAAAUCGUUUUCUUGUCCAAAGUGGAAUUCAUGAUGAAUUUGUCAGGUCUUUUGCUAAAGCGAUUGAAACUAAUUUGAAGGUGGGUGAUGGCUUGAAGCCUGGAAUAACUAUGGGUCCUCUUAUAAAUUCAGCUGCUGUCGACAAGGUUGACUCUCUUGUCCAAGAUGCCUUGUCAAAAGGUGCCAGAAAGGUCUUUGGAGGUGAAAAACUCCCAAUUGGGGAAAAUUUUUUUCAACCCACCCUACUAUCUGAUGUAACAACUGACAUGCGUUGCGCCAAUGAAGAGAUUUUUGGACCAUUGGCACCUGUAAUCAAAUUUGAAACAGAAGAUGAAGCAGUCGCUCUUGCUAAUUCAACAUCAUAUGGACUUGCUGGGUACUUCUAUUCAACAGACAUUUCUCAAAUUUGGCGUGUUGCUGAAAAGCUAGAGACUGGGAUUGUUGGUGUCAAUGAAAGUUUGUUAUCUGCUGCUGAAUGUCCAUUUGGAGGAGUUAAGGAAUCAGGUAUUGGACGAGAAGGGGGGAAAUUUGGUGUUGAUGAGUUUUUAGAAAUAAAAUAUGUGUGUAUGGGAGGGCUUUAAAUGAAAAGAUUUAUAUUAUAAAAAAUGUCGAAAAUAGAUUUACAAGUGAAAUAUUUUAAUUUUUAUCCAUUGAAUAGGAAUUGGAUAGCUCUUGAUUGAUUCUGAUUCACAGGAAUUGUUGGAGCAAGUGGUUGUGAAAUCUGAUGCCCAUUCUAACAUUAACCAUUCAACAAAAUUGGGCAUAAUACAUAUUUUCUUAGCUAAACUGAAUUUCAUAGAACAAUGUUCAUUGCUAGCAAUCUAUACAAUUAUAUUUUCUGAAAUGAAACACAUAGAUGAAUUUUGAAUUUUGAAAUACCUAUGAUUUAUAAUUCAUAUCCUUUUUGUUUAUUCUAUGUUUAUGUGAAAAUAAGUGUACUGACUAAUGAUACUGAAAUUUCUGUGAUGAUUUUAUUAACUAUUGCUUUACUGAGACAUAUGAACCUGUCCAGUUGUGUUGAUGGGACAGAAGCACUAAUCUGUUGUUAUAUCUUCUAUUUUGUUUCUUAUGAAACUUUUUCAGGGUAGAUUUAGAUUUUAUUUGAAUGGUCAAUAUCCUUUUCUAUUGUUAUAUGUCUAGCAAUAAAAAAGUAGUGACAAAAAUUUGUAUUUCAAUGAUAAUUAUUUUUAAAGACAUUAAUGUUAUUUUUUCUUUGAUUAAAACUAUUCUGAUAGAAAAACCCAAAAA